AUGAAGCCUAACCUCAGUCGCACCUCGACAUCACCAUCACGGCUGUUGCAACUCCCAGCCGAGCUUCGUCUCAAGAUCUACGAGUAUGCACUAGACGUACCAAAUGAGUACCUAGUCAGCAACCCGAUGAUCGUGCUAGGCGAUCAUGGCAAUACCUUCACAGCCCGCGGCCAAUACCGAGCCUUAUCAAUGAGUCCUCACUGGGUUGGCGAAGAUGGCACCGCACGCAAGCUACUAGCAGUGAACCGCCAGCUCCACGACGAAGCUGAAGAUUACCUCUACUCAACACACACCCUCUUCCUCCGCAACUCCUUCAAUCUCGACCGACUAGCUGAAUUCCUGGACACGCUUAGUGCAACCGCCCGCGCCCGCAUUCGUAGUGUCGGCUUCGAGGUCUUCUUCUUUGUGCACACGCAGACCGGCGUGCCGAAGCGCACCCUGAAACAAUACGAGGCUGCGGCACGGCUUCUAUCUGAGAAAAUUCCGCUCUGGAAUAGUGUGCUGCUUUACCUCGAUCCACGCUACUAUUAUCCAUCUGCGAACGUGGGUGGUCGGGAUCCCACGGCCCGAGGAGUAUUUGAUCUUGCUACGCGCUUCGGCGCCUUGUGCAAAGAUGUGAGAUUCUAUCCGCUGCCGAAUGGUGAUCAGCAUCUGCUUGAUGAGGCUCAGCAGUUUGUUUGGCGGAGUCGUUCGUCGUUGAGACCGUCCGAUGAUCGUCGGUCUAUUAAGGGAUGCUCAGCUUGGUCUUUGGAUUUCAAGAAGACGUUGGUUGCACCAAGUCGGGUCUGGCCCGCCUCGUCUGUUUGCUGA